GUCUGUGAGUAACACUCGGGUUGGAAGUUAGAGCCCGGCGCCAUUGCUCUCGACGUACCCACACGGACGUGACUGUGUCUGCUUUUCGCUCGGAUUUGUGCCCAUCGAUCGCUUUAGAACAUCAUUACUGCGCAGUGCAAGGUUGUUACUGAAAUCACUGAGAGGUUGAACGAGGUUAUAGAGUUCGCUACAAUAUGAGGGUGAGGGUGCGGGAGAUUUUGCUCCUGGCAGCAUGCACGCUGGCGCUGAGCGACGCCGCCAGCAAAGAGAAGAAGAACAAGGAUUCAGACAACCUGCUUUUACAGUACGAAGACGACUAUGACGCAGCCGACGAUCAGGAGAUCCUCUUCAGCGAGGACAGGCCGUGCCCCAGAGACUGCAUAUGCAACGUUUCCCAAGGAUACAGAACUGCCAAGUGCAAUCGUCUCGAAAUCGGCACACAAAAGUUCGGAGACGACAUCACCGAUCUCGUCAUCGAGAACGCUGAUCCCGACCAGCCGAUAUCCUUGGACGACUUCAUCUUCAAGAGGCUAGGACUCCACCAGAUCGCCACAGUCAAAAUUGUCAACAGCACAAUUAGUUAUGUCGGUGCCAACGCCUUCCACGGCCUGCACGAGCUGUACGCCGUGAACCUGUCCAACAACAAGCUGAAGAGUCUCCACCCGGAAACUUUCGCUAACAACAAGAAGCUUCUGCUUUUGACCCUCUCGAAUAACCCCCUGAAGUUCCCAGCACCCGGAUCGCAGGACUACUUCCUGAAUGCAUCCUCGGUGCAAGAGCUGGACAUCUCAUACUGUAACAUGAAAUACAUUACGUCUAAUACCGUGAAGAAUAUGCCCGGCCUUAUGUACUUGAACCUCGCCGGCAACGACCUAUCGGAUAUGGAGGCCGAUACCUUCAAGUCCCUCCUGGAUCUGGAGGAGUUGGACCUGAGCGACAACAACAUCAAAUCUCUCCCCGAUGAAAUCUUCAACGAGAAUACCGAGCUUGCGACGCUCCACAUUCAGAGAAACCCGAUCGAUUCAGUCUAUGGUCUACAAAUCUCGGACCUUUUGACCCUCAAUGCUGGACAGACCAACAUCAAAUUUGUGGGACCAUCCAUGUUCAAUGGCAUGACUUACAUCGCCAACCUCAAUCUCAGCGGAAAUAACAUUGAAAAGAUCCAUAACCAAGCCUUCCACAAACUCGUCGAACUGAACUACCUUGACCUUUCAUACAACGACUUGGACUUCGUUUCGAGCAUCCUUAUCAAGGAAAAUAUCGAGUUAGACAUCUUUAAGAUCUCAAACAACCCGAGACUCAAACACUUGCCUUCGGAAGGUUUCAACUGCUCCGUUGAACAGUUCAACAUCUAUCUGUUCGACGCAUCCAACUGCGGUCUCGAGGAAAUCUACGACGAUUCGCUGAAGACCUUCACCGCUCUUUCACAAAUCAACCUCUCCAAGAACAACAUCAAAUCUAUCAGCAGCAAAGUAUUCUCACGAUGCUCCAAAUUGGUCGACAUCAAUCUUUCCUACAACUCUCUGACAACCUUAGACGGUAAAGUAUUCGAAAAGAACAAGGACCUGCAGAAACUUAACCUCCAAGGCAAUCCAUUGAAACUGCUCUCAGCUGAAAUCUUCAUCAGCACCCCAGUCCUCAACUGGCUUGACAUUAGUCACGGUGAAUUAACUGCUAUGUGGACCAUGGAAAAGAACACCCCAACUACCGUACUCAGUGCUUUGAGCUACCUCAACGUUUCUCACAACAGAAUCACCGAAAUCAAGAAGACCGAAUUGGAGGGUCUGACUAAACUCCGGACUCUCGACAUCAGCCACAACAUGUUAGCUUGCAGUCGCGAGUUCGAGAACAUUAUGUCCCUGCUGAACGACCGCAAAGUCUCACCGAACGCAAACGCUCUUAGCAUCGCUAACAUGGGCAAGGACGCCAAGGACGAGUCGGAGAACUACAGCUGGGAAUCCCUCACCAAGAAGGUAUGCGGUACAGUUAUCUCACACCCCGUCGAGCAUCUGCCGCCGGUAUCGGACGAGGAGAUCUGGGAGAGAAUCGACAAGGGCACCGAGGACUUCGAUCUGAAGGACACUCUUGACGACGAUAAAGUCGCGGACGAUUCUAAGGUCACCAGCCCGGCUCCUACCACCAAGUCUGUCGACGACGAUGCCGACGACGACGCAGACGAGGACGAGGACGACGAGGCGGACGACGAGGAGGACGACGACUCCGAGGAGGACUACGACGACGACGAAAACGUCGAUCUCAAGGUCAAGCUGAUCGAGAAGACCACUGCGAAACCCACAGAAGCCACACAGAAGGACAAAGUAAAGAUCGACAUCAAGCUGCUGGAGAACGACAGCUUGUACGACGACUUAGAGCCAGAAGUAUACGUGCAGGCGACCAUGAGGAACGACGACCACGGCCACUACGACUAUCUAUGGCCGAUCAUGAUCACAGUGCUCGGUGCCAUCCUGCUCCUGAUCAUCAUCGCCAAAAUGGUGAUGGUGGCGUGCAGCAGAAGAAGCAGACAGGUUAGAUACAACAGUGCCAUUAUUGCUGCCAUGAGUAACCAGGGCCGCACGAAGAAAGACUGCGGGCUGGUCUACCAGCAGCUGUCUGAAGACCUCACUGGCCCAACCACGCCCAAGCUGAACCGCUAUGCCCCCCUCCAUAAUGUCACCAUCAACGCCUCCAACAUGUACGAAAGCAGUCAAUUCCAUCACAACAAUAUUGUCCCCGAAGCGGUGUAAUUAAGUAAGUGAUACGCGCUAGUCCAAACUUCCAUUGAGACGAUUCUUGUAAAUAAAUCCUAAAACGCA